AGUGCGAUCCGCUUCGGCAGCCGCCGCCCCCAUCUCAGCGUCGCCCCCUCCCGAAAAAGGCCGAAGGGUCGCCGCCGACGCACGCACUGCGCACUCUCAGAAACCCCACGUCCUCGCUCACCCAGGCGUCACCGACGUAAACGUCAAUCACGCCGGCUCUCCGCAGCGUUGACGUGCACUGACGGACUGCGCAUGCUCCGAGGAGAGGGCUCGGAGAAGGCUCCUGGUCGCUCACUGGUGUAGUGAUGGCUUCCUGUGAAGUCGGUCUCCGCUGUCGAGAUCCGCUGAAUUGAUCUGCGGAGUCGCGAAGGGCCUGCCUUGACGGAAAGACGUAACAUUAGAUACUACGGGCAGUGUUUGAAGAUGGCGCAGAACUCUGUGUCCCUGUCCGCCGGCGAUCGAAGGAGCCGGGUAGCUUACCUCAGCUCUUCCCACGGUGACCUCAGCUCAUCGGCUUUAGCGUUGGCGAUGGUCUCCGGAGACAGCUUCCUCGUUACCAGGCCCGAGGCGAUUCUUCCAGAAUCUGUUCCUCGAUCCUCUGUGCGGCUGAACUUCCGGACCGAGAGCCGUCGGGCGCCUGGUGGCGGCCGAAGCCCGACCCGCUUUAAUGAGGGAAGGGAACUGGAGGCGCGGAGCCGAAGCCGACAGGCCAGAUUCUCACCUUACCCGCGCCCUGCGGUGAAACUCGACCUUCUAAGAAGUGUCCUGCAACAGCGUCUGGUGGCACUUGGAGGAGUUAUCGUAGCCCGUCUUUCGGCUUAAAACCACUACCUUCCUCGGCCCUUCAAUUAGCGUACUUAUGGAAUCUGAGUUCCACGACCAGAGAUCAACCCUACACACCCUGCAGUGGGAGUGCAGAGUUUUAACCCCUGGACCACCGAGGAAGUCCCAAUGCUUCAUAAUUCUGAAUCUGAGCUGAUGAAUCUCUAAUUUCUCCUGGUUCUUAACAUUUGCAACAGUCCAAGUUACAACAUCUUCCUAGAAUCAAAAAGACUGUGUUAUGGAAGCAAGGACUGAUAGAAACCUCUCGAAAUGAUCUAAAGCAAGAACAACUAAGUUUCCCAAAAGUGGUCCAUGUUAUUAAAAAUCCAAAUGUUAUACAAAAUGACUGUAAGUAUCACUGCCUGUGUAGCAUGUUACCAUUCUAAAAUAGAUGAAUUUUCUAAGACAAAAAAUAGUCCCUCAGUACGCCAUUGUAAGUUUUUAAAAAGCCAUGGUAACUUCCUUUUUGUUUUUAUAGACCUUUGUUUAUUGUAUCAUACUAGGCAACUGACUAGUAUGUGUUGAAGGUAAGUUCUAUUAGUAUAUUUUCUUCCUCUGUUCAUCAGCUCUAAAGACUUGAAAAGAAUGCCCGUUUGGGGUACAGGAAAAAGGAGGCUCUCUCAAUAGCUGGAUUUGGUGCUAAGCCUAAUUCUGAGAGGGGUAACUCAGCAGAAAGAAAAGAAAGUCCUAUGGGAGGGAAGAGUAGGUAGACUUUUAAUUUUGAGGCUUAGCUGUAUUUCAAACAAAAUUAUGCCUUUUAUUCCUUUUGUGAACCCAGAUCACACUCAGGUGCAGCUUUUUUCUUUGCAAUUUCCAUGAGUAUGUAUGCUAAGUCCCUUCAGUUGUG